CUCGUGACUGACGCGGACUGAUAAACGUCAAGAUGUCCGCUACUAUAGCCCCGGAGAUGAUUCAUCUCCCACAUUCAAAACAACGGACCCUGUACCCUGGCAGGCUAGCAAUAGCAGUUAGCAGUUGACAGAAGCUGGAUGCUAGAGUUCCUUCCCUGCAACUUCAACAUAGACCAAUCUCUCGCUCCAGCGUCCGUCCCUCUUCAGCUGGUGACUCGAGGCCUCUUUUAUUAACAAUCAGGACGAGCGCAGCAGGAUGUCACGAACGGUCACAAUCUACUGCUUAGAUGUUUCGGAAGGGAUGACGGAGAUGGUCUCGGACCCCAGUACCGGAGAAGAGGUUCAGAAGAUAGCACUAGCAAAGGAAUACAUCCAGAGGAAGAUAGCUCCCAAAAUUCAGUCGGGACGCAAGACGGAAUAUGCCGGUGUGAUCACCUUUGGCGGAGCGACGAAUAACCCGUACUUCGCCGCCGAUACCAAUUCUCACCCCGAAGCUGAAGCAACGGAUCCGGCCGACUACAUCGGCGUAGCAUCGGUCAUCUAUCCUCAGACCGCGGCUCCGGCCAUGAUCAGCGUCGUCAAGAGUAUCAAGACGGGGAAGAACCCAGCGAACCCUCUCGCGGCUCUUGUGCUUGCGCACCAGAACUUCACCGACGAUUCGAGCAAGAGCAAAGGGUUCAAGCGGGAGGUUGUCGUACUCACACACGACAAGGCAAAACUGAAAUCGGAUAACUGGCAGAUGGUCAUGAACAUGCUUUACGAACAGGAGAUCGUCGUAAGAUGGAUCGGAGUUGGGUACGAUGCUCGACCGACUGACGAGUUACUAGAAGACAAACCGGCAUUCGAUCAGCUGCCAAAAUCCGAGCGCUUUUGGCGCAAGUUCAUCCAAAAGAUGGCAGAGGUGUGUAAAGACGACGACGAUUCGAAACAACCAGCUCUCGGCUCUAUCGACCUGGCUUUAUCCAUCGCUCGGGGACCCUCUAUCAAUCAACCCGACUCGGUACCUAUCAAAUCCAUAUUUCGUAUAGGCUCGAAGGAAAUCAACCCGGAUGAAGGGAUCGAGUUUCCGGUUCGUUACAGCAAGGCUACAGCAAAGGCAUCGCCUAUGAGCUUGAAAAAGGUCAUUGCCAGUGAGCUUUUACCGCAGAACCGUCUACAUACUGCAGGGGCCAGUCAAUCGCAAAGUCAAGCUAGGACUGCACCUCAGACGGCCAGCGCGGGGAUUGAAGCGGAUAUCACGCCGUUCAAACGAUAUACCGUGCUUGUUCCGAAGACCAAAGACGACGACGAUAUGGAUAUUGACGUGACAGCACUGGAUGCGUCCAAAAUCCUGGGCACGGACGAUCAAGAAGCGAAGCCGGAAGUUGAAUACGAAGAGCGAGAGGUCGAAGAGGAGAACCUCGUCAAGGCGUACAAGUUCGGGAAGACAUGGGUUCCGAUGCCCAAGGAUAUCUUUCCAGAGAUGGAAACCGUCGCUGGGAUGGAUGUGGUCGGCUUCAUGAAGGCAGCUGGGAUGCGCCGGUAUCAAGAAAUGGGCGAGGUCCGUUUCAUCUGGGCAGAGCCGGAUAAUCACAACUCGCAGAUCCAGCUGUCAGCUAUCGUUCAAGCCAUGGUCCAGAAAGACUAUGUUGCGGUGGUCCGAACAGUAGACAAAAACAACAGCCCCCCGAAAAUUGGCGUUUGCAAACCGGUCAUCGAUGCGGAUCAGCUGCAUUACUUGUACUGGGUCCAGAUGCCUUUUGCGGAAGACGAACGAUCGUUCUUCUUCCCAUCCCUGAACGACCUCUAUAGCAAAUCCGGAAAGCAGAUAACGGAGCAUCCGUUACUGCCCACCGAUAACCAGUUGCUGCUCAUGGACAAGCUCGUCGAGGGAAUGGACCUGGACGUCUACGAGGAGGUUGAGGACGAAGUGGAGUACCCCUGGUUCGACCCGUAUACCUCGUCGAACCCUGCCAUUCAUCGACUCCAGGAGGCUAUCUUCCACCUCGCUACCGUAUCAAACCCAGAAGAAAACCCGGUCGGUCCGCCUCAUCCUGAGCUGAUCAAGUAUCUGUACCCACCCAUGGAAGUCGUAAAAGAGACGGAAGCGGUCGUCAGGGAACUAAAGCGUGAGCUCAACAUCAAGAGGGUCCCGCCGCCGGUCAAGAGGGCCGAACGCAAAUCGGGACGAGCCAACGGAACUGCAGACGAUUCAGAAAUCGAUAUCGAUGCGCUGUUCAACAAUCCUGCUGCAAGCGGAUCGCAAGAUCCACUGACUAGCGCUUCGAAGUCUGGCGAACACAAACCAAAGACGGGUCGUGUGAUCAGCAACGAAGAUCCUGUUGGCGACUUUUUGAGACAGGUAGAGCAUGGUGGCGACAUCACUACGAAAGCCAUGCAAGAUCUGGCCGAGGUCAGCAAGGAGAUCGUCUCCACGUCGUUCUCAAGCAGCAAUUUCGGAAAGGCCACCGAUUGUUGGCAGACAAUGCGGGAACAGGCACUUCUGCUGGAGGAAAGCGAGCUGUACAACAGUCUUCGAGAAGAACUCAGAACGUAUAUCACGGCGGACGACUUUAAGCACAAGAACUUUUGGCAAUACUUUGAAAAGGCCGAACCGUCACUCGGCCCGAUCUCGGAAGCCGAGGCCGAAGCUGCUCUCAGCUAGAAGAGUAACACGAAACGAAUGGCAAGGCCGUGCAUUGGCAUCACCAUCACGAACGCUUUCAGGGUUGCGGA